AUGGCAGAAAACAGUCAGGACUGGAAGCGCGAGGAUGAGGAUGAAGGCGACCAAGAGAUUGACGAGACGAGCUACAAGGCACAGAAAGAUGCCAUUAUACUGGCCAUUGAAGUCAGUGAAUCCAUGCUGAGGCAGCCCCCGCCAUCGGAUUCCAAGAAGGCAGAUCAAGAUAGUGCCCUCGAAGCAGCCCUGAAAUGUGCCUACCAUCUGAUGGAGCAACGCAUCAUUUCUAAUCCAAAGGACAUGAUGGGCAUUCUGUUAUUUGGGACUCAAAAGACCAAAUUUCAGAAAGACGAAAAUGGGCGCAGUAGCUUGGGGUAUCCCAAUUGCUAUCUUUUCACGGAUCUUGAUGUCCCCGCGGCAGAAGAUGUCAAGGUGCUCAAGGGUCUUGUUGAGGAUGGGGAGGAUGAUGACGAAGUGCUGCGGCCAUCAGGCGAAGCAGCCAUCAUGUCGAAUGUGCUCUUCUGCGCAAACCAGAUAUUUACGACAAAGGCUGCCAACUUUGGAAGCCGCCGUCUGUUCAUCAUUACCGACAACGACAACCCUCACCCCGGAGACAAGGCAGCAAUGUCGGCAGCUGCUGUUCGAGCCAAGGAUCUCUACGACUUGGGGGUAACAAUUGACCUAUUUCCGAUUACGAGGGGAGAAUCCAAGUUUGACUUGUCGAAAUUCUACGAUGACAUCGUGUACCGCGACCCAAUCGCAGAGGCCAAUAGCAGGGCUGUACCAAUUUCAAAGUCGGGUGAUGGCCUGUCUCUGCUUGGCUCCUUGACGUCAAACAUCAAUUCAAAGCAGACUCCCAAGCGAGCGUUGUUCUCAAACCUGCCUUUUGAGAUUGCGCCUGGACUGCGAAUAUCAGUCAAGGGAUACAAUAUUCUUCAUCGACAGACGCCAGCCAGGACGUGUUACAUUUGGCUAGACGGGGAGAAGCCCCAGAUUGCCAGUGGCGAAACCACCAGGUUGGCGGAGGACAGCACGAGAACUGUUGAGAAGGGAGAGAUGAAGAAGGCCUACAAGUUUGGUGGCGAAUACGUCUACUUUACACCUGAUGAGCAAAAGUCGCUUAAAGAUUUCGGGUCGCCUGUCAUUCGUAUCAUCGGUUUCAAGCCUCGCAAGCUGCUACCGUUAUGGGCCAGUGUCAAAAAAUCGACCUUUAUCUUUCCCAGCGAGGAAGACUAUGUUGGCUCAACGCGGGUAUUUACCGCGUUGUGGCAAAAGCUGAUCAAGGACGACAAGGUUGGCAUCGCUUGGUGUGUCGUGCGAAGCAAUGCACAGCCAAUACUAGCUGCCAUCAUUCCAUCUAAGGAACGGUCUGAUGACGACUCAGGGACUCCGUACUUGCCAGCUGGACUCUGGAUAUACCCACUCCCCUUUGCAGACGACCUGCGAGAGAUUAAGCCGCCGAACGAGGUCUCGCAAAGUUCUGAUGAGCUGAAGACGCAGAUGAGGACUAUUGUACAGCAACUGCAGCUCCCCAAGGCCAUGUACAAUCCGUUGAAAUACCCCAACCCUGCACUCCAGUGGCAUUACAAGAUUCUCAAGGCUCUUGCUCUCGAAGAGGAGGUACCGGAGACGGCAGACGAUGCUACGGAGCCCAAGUACAAGGCUAUCAGUAAGCGAGCUGGUGGUUACUUGGAGGAGUGGUCGGGCAAGCUGGAAGAUGAUGCAGGGACGGUUGUCACAGCCAAGGGGCUUAAGCGUGAAGCUGACGAUGAAGGUAGUGACCGUCCGACAAAGCAAAGGCGUGGCGUGUCUGGGCAAGCGAACCCGUCGUCCAUGUCGAUGAUCGAACUUAAAGAAGCUAUAGAAAGUGGAGGAAUCAUGAAGAUGACGGUUGCACAGUUGAGAGAUGUGGCUGGCUCCAAAGGAAUCAGCACGACGGGGAAGAAGGCAGAGAUUGCGGAGAGAAUAGAGCAGUGGGUAGACGACAACUCCUGA